CUACAAAUGAUAAUCCAGCAAUCAUUUUUGAUUCAUUUUGAAAUUUGCUCUUGAAGUGAUCUGUUGUGUUAUAUUUUUGUCUCGCGAUCUUUUAUGAUAAUAUAUUCCGGUUACUAUACGAGUUGGAUUACUUUUGAAUUGCAAUUAUUCUUCUUAUUCUUCACCUAAGGAAUUAAAACAACUUUUUUAAAUAAAACUUAAGAACAAUGAAGUAUUAAAAACGAAAAAUAUUGUGGUUAGUUUGUGAAGUGUUGUUGAAUUUUGUUUAUAAAGAAAACGAUAAGUUAUUGUGAUUUAGAGUUUUAUAAAACUAUAAAUAAAAAAAAUAAAAUAAACUUAACAAAAAUGAACCAUUACAAAGUUAAUUGGAUUAAAAAACUGGCGUUUCUGGGAUCGCUUAUGGCAAUCGUUGGAUACAGCAGAGCCCAAGAUUACGACGUUGGUGACAUACAGUGCUCAUUCUCAACGGCACCAGGGUCAAAUGUUGAUGAUUCGAUAACGGCACGACUUAAGCGACCUGCUGGCUUUAAAGGUGCACCCCUAUUUGCUGAUGAUCGAAGUGUGAACCCGGAGACAGAUCGCAACUGUGCGAUCAAGCAAGAUCCCAAUGAUCCAACUGAAUUAGCUUAUAAUUUGAAAAUUACGGACUUUAGUCGAUGUGGUGUAUUAAAGAGAAAUGGUUUUGUUCAUGUGCGAAUAUGGUUUCCACAAUUCCCUGGUGUUGUGAUGCAAUCAGAUCAAGAACUUAUUAUAAUGUGUAAGCCUCCGGAGCCAACUGUGAUUGAAAAUAAAGCGGCAGGAUUUGCGGGAAGUUUCCCACAUGGAGCUCGAGUAUCUGGUGUUGUGGAAGAAACCCCCGGUCGUUUAGAAUACGAAGUCGCACUCUACAAAGAAGCUCCGCCCAUAGCAAGAAUAAGCGGUGCCAAUACUCCUGUGAGUACAACGAAAGAUCCGCCCGCUUCAAGUGAACUGCCUGUAGAUCAAGCAGUUCCAAUUGGAACAAAGCUCCAACUUCGUGCUAGAAUAAGUGCUGUAUCAGUUUGGAAGUAUGUUAAGUUAAUGGAAGUUACCGUCUCACCUGAUCCAGAUGCUCCACAUGCGUUGGGAGCAGUCUCCCUUGUUCGUGAUGGAUGCAGAAAUCGUGAUUUUGCAACUAUUAUACCCCAUCAACCAGCACGCUAUAGAGAUCGUCAUAACGAAGUGUUCCUAGAUUUCGAAGCUUUUCUAUUGAGUUCGAUGAAAGAACGAGCCACGCUAUGGAUUCAUUCACAAAUCAAAGCUUGCAUGGAUCCCAGUGAUUGUCAGCCCGAUUUUUGUAUGGAUAUUUAUGAACCCUCGGGACAUGGGCGAAAACGAAGAGCUAUGGAUUAUCAACAAUCUUCAAAUAAGACAGAAUUUACAAGGUUUAAAGAGAAUAUCGAAUAUACAGUGAUUAUGCCAGGUGAAAUUGAAAUGACACCGGAACAGGAAACAUGUAGAAAUGUCCUCGUUAUAGCUGGAUUUUUAGGAUUGUUACUAUCGAUUGCAGUGACUUUUAUUUGCACCCUAGCAGCACGUCUCCAAAUGGAACAAAAGAUUAAAAUGAAUCAAAUGGGUCCAGGUUAUACAUCGGGUUAUGCUGCUCGAACAAUGGUUCAAUAGUUUCGACUGAAUUGACGCUCAAUGCAACCAUUUAGUAUGGCAACGAAUUUAGUAAUUGUUAAGUGAAAAAAGUCUGUCCUUGUAAUUAUUAUAACAAUAAUAAUUUAUUUAAAAAAAAACAUUAGUUAAAUAAAAUUGAUUCUAUUCCAUGAUGGGGAAUAUUGAAUAUGCAUUUAUAAAAACUUAGGCUUAUAAUGAAAAAAUAGUAUUUAAACAAUGUUUAAGCUUUUACUGUAGAUUUUAUUUUUAAAAGAAUUUAAUAAAAUUUAGACAUGCUAUGAAUAUAA